AGGAGGCAGCCAGGGCACGAGGACACAAGCUUCUACUAGCCUAUUUGCGCGACUCACGAAAAAUUUCCCCGUGAAUAGAUCCGAGAGAGAGAGAGAGAUGCUUGCGGUGGGGAAGCCGGUUGCGAUCCUUCGCCGUCCGAGCGACCAGCCCGGAAUCCCCAGACGAUCACUGGGAAAGAUAUUGGCCGGGUUGGAAAGAGGCGUAAAUACUCGCAAGACUCAGACGGCUCUGGAGACCCGGAUAUCUCUCGUCCUAGCCCUCGCAUCUCAGGCCUUUUCCCAAACCCAGCGAGUAUUAGGUGAUUUGGCGGCCGAAACUGCCAAAUAUGUGAUUCCACGGAGAUUUGAACCCCGUAAUUUCGAGGAAGCUUUAAUGGCAGUUCCGGAUCUUGAGACGGUCAAUUUUCGGGUUGUUAAACAAACAGAUCAAUAUGUGAUCAGAGAAGUGGAGCCUUACUGUGUUGCUGAAACAGACAUGCCUGGGAAGAAUGGUUUUGACUUCAAUGGUGCUUCUCAAGCAUUCAAUGUGUUGGCUGCAUAUCUAUUUGGUAAGAAUACUUUGAGCGAACAAAUGGAAAUGACUACUCCUGUUUAUACUCGUAAGGUUCGAUCAGAUGGAGAGAAAAUGGACAUGACAACACCUGUAAUAACCAAGCAGUCAGGUGAGAAGUGGCAGAUGUCAUUUGUGAUGCCCCGCAAGUAUGGUUCUAAUUUGCCAUUACCUAAAGAUCCUUCUGUAACCAUCAAGCAGGUUCCUGGUAAAACGGUUGCAGUUACCGCUUUUCCUGGUUUUGUGACUGAUGAAGAUGUGAAACGUCGGGAAUCCAAGUUACGUGAUGCUCUUAAUAAUGAUGCUGAAUUCCAAGUUAAAAGAGACGCAAUGGUAGAAGUAGCGCAGUUUAACCCUCCAUUCACACUUCCUUUUACACGCCGCAAUGAAAUAUCAUUGGAAGUUGAAAGAAGAACAAUAUAGCUGUCUGACCACUACUACAAUGGGAACCUGUACGUAAACUCUAAUUUUAUCUCAUACGGAACCUAUCAUUUUGUAAAAAAAAAAAUUUUAAUUACAGAAACAGCAUGCUUUUAGAGGAAGUUUGUAUAUUUGAUGUUCUUCUGUCGAUAACGUAUAGAUUAAUGUAUUAUAGAAUAUUUGAUUGGCUUCUUUAUAUGUCUUUUUGUAGUUGAGUUUUGAUGUUGGCAUUACUAAUCCCUGUUGUAGCCUCGUUCCACGUGGUACCGAAAACCACUAAAUAAAGUUAAUUGUUUAAAGUA